UUUCGUUUUGUUGCUGCUUUGGUGCAUUGAAUGUUCCUUAGGGUAAUCUUCAAAGUAUUGCCGUGCUGCAAAAAGAAAGACAUGAGUGCAACAAAUAAAUUUUUAUCCUCAGAUAAUAGUGUGGGUCAUGACAAAGUUGCCAUUUUAGAUGCAGGUGCUCAAUAUGGAAAGGUUAUUGAUCGUAAAGUUCGUGAAUUAUUGGUAGAAUCCGAUAUUUUACCAUUGGAAACUAAAGCUGAUGCCUUACGUGCAGGUGGUUAUCGGGGUAUUAUUAUCUCGGGUGGACCCAAUUCGGUAUAUGCCGAUGAUGCUCCCAGUUAUGAUCCGGAUAUUUUCAAAUUAAAAAUACCCAUUUUGGGUAUUUGUUAUGGCAUGCAGUUGAUAAAUAAAGAAUUCGGUGGUACAGUUCUAAAAAAGAAUGUACGCGAAGAUGGCCAACAGACAAUUGAGAUUGAACCAUCGUGUCCAUUGUUUAAUCACUUAUAUCGUUCCCAGACUGUCCUCCUUACACAUGGUGAUAGUGUAGAGCGUGUCGGUGAUAAGUUACAAGUUGCUGGACGAUCUACGAAUAACAUUGUCACAGCUAUCUACAACGAUGCACUAAAGAUAUACGGUGUACAAUUUCAUCCGGAGGUCGAUCUAACCGUGUGUGGUAAACAAAUCUUUACAAAUUUCCUAUUUGAGAUUUGUGGACUGAAACCCAAUUUUACGAUGGGCAGCCGCAAGGAGGAAUGUAUAAAGUAUAUCAAGGAUAAAGUUGGUAAUAACAAAGUUCUGUUAUUGGUUAGUGGUGGCGUUGAUUCAACGGUAUGUGCUGCCCUGCUACGACAUGCCUUACAUCCCAGUCAAAUUAUUGCCGUACAUGUCGACAAUGGUUUUAUGCGUAAAGAUGAGAGUGAAAAGGUGGAGAAAUCCUUAGUCGCUAUUGGUAUCGAUUUAAUUGUACGCAAAGAAGCCUAUACGUUCCUCAAGGGUACAACACAAAUUAAGCGGCCCGGGCAAUUUUCAAUUGUCGAAACGCCAAUGUUGUGUCAAACCAUCAAUCCUGAGGAGAAGCGUAAAAUUAUUGGUGAUAUUUUUGUGAAAAUCACCAAUGAUAUUGUGUCCGAAAUGAAAUUGAAACCGGAAGAGGUAAUGUUGGCUCAGGGCACAUUGAGACCGGAUUUAAUUGAAUCCGCAUCGAAUAUGGUUAGUAAAAAUGCCGAGACAAUUAAAACUCAUCAUAAUGAUACAGAUUUGAUAAGAGAGCUACGCAAUGCUGGCCGUGUUGUAGAGCCUUUAUGUGAUUUCCACAAGGAUGAGGUACGAGAAUUGGGCAACGAUUUGGGUUUACCCGCUGAGUUGGUGGAGAGGCAACCAUUCCCUGGCCCCGGUUUGGCCAUACGUAUCCUGUGUGCCGAGGAACCAUUUAUUGAAAAGGAUUAUUCCGAGACACAGGUCAUUGCCCGUGUCAUUGUUGACUAUAAAAAUAAAUUAGAAAAGAAUCAUGCUUUAAUAAAUCGUGUCACUGGCGCCACCAGCGAAAUGGAACAACACAAACUUAUUGCAAUUUCCUCAUUUUCCCAAAUCCAAGCCACAGUUUUACCCAUACGUUCUGUGGGUGUUCAAGGCGAUAAACGCACUUACAGCUAUGUCGUGGCUCUCUCAAGUGCCAGCGAACCAAAUUGGUAUGAUAUGCUAUUUUUGGCAAAACUUAUACCACGUAUCUUACACAAUGUCAAUCGGGUUUGUUAUGUUUUCGGCGAUCCCGUUCAAUAUCAGAUAACCGAUAUUACCCAUACAACAUUGAAUAAUUACGUCAUUAAACAACUGAGGCAGGCAGAUGCUGUGGCAAAUGAAAUUAUUAUGCAAGCUGGUCUUUAUCGUAAGAUAUCACAGAUGCCCGUUGUACUGAUACCAGUGCAUUUUGAUCGUGAUCCCAUUAAUCGUACACCCUCGUGUAGUCGAUCGAUUGUGUUGAGGCCAUUCAUUACCAGUGACUUUAUGACUGGGGUACCGGCUAUACCCGGUUCCGAGCAUAUGCCAUUGCCGGUCCUUCACAAAAUGGUACAAGAAAUUUCCAAAAUCGAUGGAAUCUCUCGUGUCCUAUACGAUUUGACAUCGAAGCCACCCGGUACCACAGAAUGGGAAUGAUUAGAU